UUGGGCGUUGAGCGUUAGCGCUGCGCUGUGCGCGUUGCGUUGUUUAUUUUUCAAGACGUCUUGAAUUAUGAGCGUUGUCAACUGUUUAUAAUCGCAUAAAAUUAUUCAUUUAAAAAGCACCAUGUGUUCAAAAAAUAAGUUUACAAAUGAGCAACGAGAACUAUUAAUUUCCGAAGUUCAAUCAAAACCUAUUUUGUGGAAUGAUCGGCAUCCAGAUUAUAAAAAAACGGAUAAAACAAAGAAAAUGUGGGAAGAAAUUGGGAAAAUAGUUGGAUUUUCAGGUGCAAUUGUAAAAGCAAAGUGGAAGAAUCUUAAAGACAAAUUUAGAGUAGAGCUUCAAAAAAUUCCUGUUGUAAGGUCUGGGGCAGAAGGCAGAAGUUACAAGCCAAUAUGGCCAUAUUUCGAAUUAAUGUUAUUUGUGAAAGACACGCUAAUUCCAAGUGUAACAAGUGGAAAUCUUCCUACUACUAUGACUUCUGAGACUCGUUCAGAAAUAAAUGACUCAGAAGAUGAGUCUAUCGAAAUUGGAAAUUACGAAGAAAAUAGUACUGACGGGCUUCUUCCAGAAACACCUGGCUCUUUUUCUUCAAAUGAAUUUUCAACACCCGCUCUGAAAAAAAAGUGUAAGAAACGACGUGUUGAAGACAUGGACUAUGAUCCUUUUUUGCAAAUAGAGCAACAAAAACUAGAUCUCAUUAGGGAAGAGCAAAAAAGGGACUCAACUAUGACGAAUAAUCCCGAUUACCACUUUUUAAUGAGUCUGUUGCCUUAUUUUGACAAAUUAAAUGCUUUGGAAAAAUUACAACUAAGAACAAAUAUUCAAAAUGUAGUUUUCCAAACAUUACAACAUAAAGAAAUCGAAAAAGAAAGGGCAAUGAUGUACAUUCCACCACAAACGAUUUCGUCUCAAGAAAGUUCUCAGAAAGAAACUUACCACCAGUUUCCACAAAACACAGGGCAAGAUUUAAGUACUCCAAAUAUUUAUACUCCAAAUAUUUAUACUCAAAAUAUUUACAAAUAAUUUAAUAAAGUUAAAAUAAUCAAUUUGUA